AUGCACUGUAACUUCGGCCAGUCGGCGGUUCCGGUCGAUGGAAACAUGACACCCGGCGCAACGGCGGUCAACGUCAAACCAACCAGCACACCGGGCACACCCUGCAGCCCAACCGAUCCCGAACAGCACCAGGAGAAGGCGGACUGUUCGCCGGAAAACUCGAAAAAAAGUGACAGCUCACCGGAAGGUGCCGAUGGGUUCGGGAGUCUCGUGGAAGAACCACGUCCUGACGCCGCCACCGUCGAAGGAGGUGUGGCCAAAAGUGUUUCCCUGCAGGAAAUGCUCAAAUCCGGUGUGACGGCACGCAGCAUGAGCGAAGAACCGUCGGCGACGCCAACUGGAAAUGACGAAGCGCUGGUGGAGUCGGUGCGGAAUGCGUUCGCAUUUACGAUCGACUUUGGUGAUGGGAAGAAAACCGUCGAUUCGCAGCGCCACGAGAAGAUGCUGGAACGGUUCCAGGCGCGCCAUAAACGGGGCGUAUCCUUGUCCAAGCUGGAGUCUAGCUCGAGCACCGGCACGUCGACUCCUUCCUCGGCAGGAACACGGCAGCAAGGAUGCCGGGCACCGGCUAGCGUGAAUUUGCCCCGUCGCAAUAAAGCAUCCAGUGAGGUGCCGGAAAAGUCCACCACCCAGCAGAUGGUGGUGAUCGAUGAUGUCACUGGGCGGCCGGUGGCGGUAAAGCUGCGAGAGAAAACCCAACGCUUCGUGGGGCGUGAUCAGUCCGCUGCCAAGCGGCACAGCUGGAGUCCUCGGACCAGCAUGAGCGAGAUGAGUGGUGGUGGUCGGCAGCAGGAUGGAAGCCAGAAACCCAGCAGUAAGCCAUCCAUUGCCAACAGUGGCCGGUUUGCGCCGAAAUCGGCCACACUUGCUUUGGCGCUCGAACAGCAACAGGUGGGCGGUUUUGCGAGGAAAGACUACUCCUACUCCAGCUCGGAGUUUAACGCGGAAAGUCUCGACUCGUCGGGGGGCAUCCCGUGUCUCGAGGCACCGUUGGAAAACUUCCACAAGUCCAAGGGCGAUGGUGAGGAUGAUGAUGACGAUGAUGAUGUAAGCGAAGCCGGGACGUACACGAUCGAUGGGGCGAAUUACACCGAGGAACAAAAGGAACGGAUGAACAUCGAUCGGAUUGGUCCACCGUAUGUUGCUCUCCCACCGGAAGUAAGCGAUCCCGUCCCGGUGGUGUCCGCCGUACGUCCGACGGACUUCCGUGAGGAGCUGGAAGUGAUCGACUUGGAUCGUACGGGUGGAGGAAUCGUUAGAGCUGGCCGAAGAAACGGAUCCACUGGUGGGCAACCGUUACAGCAGGGCGAGGAAAAACGAAAGCAUAACAUCCUGGAGGUGUCGUACUUCCACGAGGCAGCCCCAACCGUCGGGAAGGGUGUCGCAGGCGGAGGACCAACGGUGGUGGAACGCACAAAACCGAAACAAUCGUACAUCGAGAAGCUCAAGUCGCGCAUGAAAAACAUCACGCAUAAAUCCGGCACCGUCGUCGGUGCGGGAAAGCUGUCGAUGGCGCAACAAAAGCAGCAAAUGUUGCUGGCCGCUCCGGAGCUGGAUUCACCCGACCAGGGCACGUUCACCUCCGUCACGACGAGCGGCAUCUUGAGCCUGAAGCCACAGCUAAAGCUCGAACACAACCCAGCGGUGGUGGCCCAAAGGCGACGCAACAGUUUGACCAAAUCGCACAUCGACAGCUCGGAGUACGUGCAGGGUGUUGCCAAGCUGAACAUCCACGGGCCGGCCAAGCGUACGGUGGAACCGGAUGGCACGGACACGAAGGCACCCGGAGAGGAAGAGGAAGAGCUAAAGAUUCUGAACUGCUACACGGACUCGGAGAAAGCCCACCAGGGAGGACACCAGCGGCAACCUGUGGCCGGGAAGCGCACCGGAGGUGAUGUGAGUCCUAUUACGGCACGUCGCAUGCAUCAACCCCCUUCGGAUGUGGCAGCACUGACGUCGGUUGCGACGAAGAAGGACUGGAUCCAGGAGUGGGCGAAGAACGCCCGAGAGUACUCGAAAUCGACCAGCCCGAAGGUACAUCCGCAUGAUCCUCCACCGGCUACCACGGCGUACGGAAGUUCCGGUACGCCAGCAUCCGGUGGUGGCACGAUGACACGCAGUUACGGGGAGUACGAUGGAGGGGAACCGGUCCACAGGGCUGGUAGAGCUGGAGGCAACCAGUUUGGGUACGAUUUCGACAUCGAUCUGACCAAAAACGAUUACUACGAGGCGAAAAAGUACGAGGAAUUUGGGGAUAAUCUUGACCACCGGCAGCCGUACCGAAGUGGCGCUGGGACAGGGAGAAAUCAUGGCCACACGGCCAGCGGAAGUGAUCCGCUGGUGUUUCGCACGCAGUCCCAAUUGCCAGCACAUCACGCUUCACCGGAAGAGGAUCCGUACCGGGAACCGCUUCCGUAUGGUGGUGCUAAUGAAUUCGCACGUACGGGUUCGCGCGGUUCCAUGCGCCGAUACGGCCACAAUCAACAUCCGUCACCGGUGGCGUCGGGUGCAUCCGCAAAGCCUCCGAUGAGCCCGAGCAAAAUUCCAUCACCGAUCGGUUCCAUUGGGCGGGCGAGGAGUGUUAGCCGGAAUCGGAGUUUGCAGGGCAGCAAUUCGGAUUUAUCUGGCAAUGAAACGGAAAUGUAUCUACAAAAAACGGCCGCCGCUAUCACUACACUGCAGAACCUGCAACGGCGCAACUCGCUGCGGAACAGCUCCUCGCAUCAUUCUUCCAGCCCGCUGAGUCCGGCAUCGCGCAAAAUGUCCCCGAAAGUGUCCCCGCUAAAUUCGCUCCAAUCGCCAAUCCAUUCGCCGGGACUGAACAGCAACAACAACUACGGAGAUGUUGGUUCACCUCUGUAUUCACCGCAGCAUCACCAACAACCGCGUAACUUGCAUCAUCAUCAGCUACACCACAACAUCGGUGGUGGUGUUGGCCACAAGCGGAAUCAUUCGCUGGAUGGUGGUGCGGAUCCACUAUCGUCACCGACUUACAUGUCAAACGGAGCUCCGGGAAGUGCGCACAUGACAAGAAGCCUAAACACCAAUACGACAAGCCCAAAGCUGGACUUCUCGAAGCGUCAUCACACGAGACACAAUUCUUACGAAGGAGUGAUGUCUUCGCUACCACCGAAGCCGGUAAAAUGCUUUCAGCAGUAUGAUCAGUCGGCAGGAGCUGGUUACUACGGUGGAAACAACGAACCACACGGUGCGGUGGCUGUAGAUGCGGAAGAUAUGGAAGAUCCGCUCGACUGUAGGGAUUAUGAUGAGGAAGAAUUCGAGGAUGACAUCGAGGACGAUGAGGAAGAGGACAACAUGAACCACGGUGGUAGGAGAACGGGAAUGAUGGCAGAUAUAGGCUCCAACGAGAAUGAACUGACGAGACCGCGAGCAAUGUCACUGGGACCGCGAAGAACUCCCGGUGGUGGUGGUGGACAGCCCCAUUUACAAGCGUCUAUUGGUGCUAAGCAAGCGAUCUCGCAACGGGAUUCAUCGGUGAGCACGAAGAAUGCUGUCGUAAGCCGUGGCCCAAAACCACCACACCAGCAGCAACUACUGACGUCACCUAUCAAACGGUCGAGUUCGUUUUCGGUUAAACCGAACGUGAUAAAACCGGCGACACCGACCAUGUCGGUGAAAGCGGGACUACCCGUUAAUGGGCAACGAAGUAGUACGGUUGGCGGUGGCUCCCGGAUCCAGAAGUCGGCCAGUAGUACGAGCUUCAAGAAAAUGGCGGCCGGAAUGUUGGACAACGGUGUGCAACCGCAACAGUACCAUCAUCAUUCGGUACAACCACCGCAUCACCGGCAUCAGCUGGUGAUGGAUCCGAACUACCCCGACGAGCUGAUGUUGUACAUUAACGAUGGCGAUGAUGACGGGUUACACAUGGUCGAUGCUGAUCGUCGGCAUCAGCAACAGGGAGGAUAUUCGUCCAACUCACUGACGGAUGAGGACGAUGAAGCAGGUGAUCUCGACGACGAGGAGCUUGAUGUGGACGGUGAAGGCGAGAACGGUGUUCAGCUGGAGAAAGGACCGCUUACAAACACACGAUACAACAAAACGUUCCUGAUGCGCAUGGAACAGAACAAAAAGAUUGCAUCUGGACCGGCGGCGGGAGGUCCGGGAAAUUCCACGAAACAGACCGGUGGGGCAGCGGCGUGUCCUAAUACGCCGGAACUUCCGCGCCGUUCGGUGCAGAUACGUAGCGCCGGUGGGCUUGGACGUGAUCGUGCCUCGAUGCCCCGCGAUUCCAGCCUGAAUCGCAUGAAGCAAGAUCUGAAUAUGCGCAAAACGUCGGUUGGUCGCGAGAUGAUGCUUGGUGGGAAAGGACAACAGCUGUCGACGCAAUCCAUUCAGUCGACGACGUCUUCGGCGGCAGCCACCGGUACUAGGGUGCAGCCGAAGUAUCUGGACAUCUCGAAAUACAAAUCUUCCAAUGCAGCCAACUUCCUGAAAAAGGACGAAUCGAAGAGCUACCUCUUGCGCCACGAAGGCGUUCGAAAGAGUCCCAGUAGUGCGUCUGUGUCAUCGGCCAUGAGCCGGACCGAUCCGACGCGGAUGAGUGCACGGAGCAUCAAGUCCGCUAGCAGUGCGGCCAGCAAGUCUAGUGGCAGCGGUGGUGCAGGAGCGACCGGUGGUGGCGCAAAGAAGGAUCCUGUUAAAAUCGCGAAGGAACAAGAGCUGGAAAUGUGGCGACGGCGUGCAAGCUACGAUCCGAUGAAGGCCGCCCAGGAAGGCAAGAAAAAGCAGCUUGAGGAAUCGAGACGUGUUGCUGCUGCUCAGCUACAGCAGCAGCAGCAGCAACUGCAGCAGCUAAACUCGGAUCGGCAAAGUAAAUCGAAUGAAAGCUCCGUUUUGAGAUCGCAGUCUUAUCACAGCGGCGUCGGUAAUAUCGGUGGCUCUGGUGCUCGUUUGUAUCAAGAUCAAGCAUAUCGCUCCAGUUUACUGCACACACUGGAAUCCAAAUCAAAGCGAACGAAAUCGAACGCACGACAUAAAUGGUACAUUGCGUUGUACUACAGUGGCGACGAUGUAGGAACGACACGAAAUGGUUCCGAUGUGGCCACUCGAACGAACUGACACCUAAUCCAGCGUAGUGUUAUGUAGUUAUCUGAUAGUAAGCGAAGAUACCGAGAUGGCCGAAGAAAAAGCAGGUCGAGGAAUGAGUGAACAUGGAUGGUCGAAAGGAGUUUGUCGUUUGUCAAAUAAUGUGUAGACGCUUAGUGUAUGUAUUACAUAAAUUUUGUGUAAGCGAGACGGACCGAAGAAAAACGAAUGUGAUUUUGUUAGGAGCUGCACUUCGAGUGGAAUGUGAGAUUAAAUCGAACGCAAUGUAGUAAACUAUAGUGUAGGAAUAGCGAUCGUACCCUGUUUUCUUUUCUUUAUUUCGUCUUUAGUAUGAAACAAUGACACGUGAUGUAAGUAUUAGGAGCGUAUAUUACUAAGUUUUCGUCGAAUAAACGGCAAACAAAAAAUCGAAUGCGAAAAAUGCCCAAUGUGCUGGAUAUAGAGGAUAGCAAAUGGAAAAGGAUUUUUAAAGAUUACUAAACCGUGCAAUCAGACUCACUGCAAUAGCACAGACAUACAAUGUGAAGUUUUUUCGUUAUUCCUAUCCAUAAUCACACGAAAUAAUAGUUUUUUUUACCAGGAAACAAAGAGAUGCGCUUAGCUGUUGCUAGCUUGCACAACAAAUCAUUAAAAUUAAAGAAUUAAACGACAUAUGCUUCAUGCAGCCAUUACAUACAUCCACGGUAUCAUUUAAGCGAAUGAUACCACACCAAAGCCGCCGGCCAACAAAAAUCGCGUCCCUUGUGUGAAAGUGAUGCACAGAAUCAUAAUUUUAUUACCGCAAAAUUAGCUGCUAAGCGAUAAAAGAGCCAAAUUAUUUGGCCCAUUUUAUACGAACGAUGCGCUCCACAGUCCAACCGUUGUAUCAUGAUUAUCUCUGUUUCGUUGAUAGCGAUGCUCUAGUUCUGUUGAUGUACUUUUUUGUUGGUGAUGUGUGAGAAGCAAGAUGGAAAAUCAACUUUUUCGAUACCGAUUUGAAU